AUGGGAGAUGUUGUACCACAGGUUGCCCAGCCCAAAGCCGGGAGAGGAGCACUGGGGCCCCCGAUAGGGCUCUCAAGCUCUUCUCUGGCUCUUGUGCGUUUGCCGUCGGCUGACCAGAAGGCCACAGAGGGUGGUGGCUUCCCCGCCGAAGCAGCAGCUCAGAAGAAGGCUUGUCCCAGCACAGCAGCACAAGAUCAACUCCACGAGACCAAUGAGGGUGACCGAGAACAAGGAAACGGUUACCACACGUGGCAACUGUACAGGGGGCUGGCGUACUCUUCGCUCUCGAGCUUCUUCUUCUCUACUUGCACUGUCAUCGUCAAAAUGCUUAACUACAUCCCGGCGGCUGAGCUUGCGGUGGUGCGCUUCCUGGGAAUCCUGAUGUUCACUGCGCCCCUGGUCAUGAUCAGUCGCGCCCACCCACUCGGACCAGAGGGCGUGCGGCUGCUUCUCAUCUUGCGAGGCCUACUGGGGGCCACGAGCCUGUUCCUGCGCUUCUACGCUAUCCACCACAUGCCCAUCGCCGACGCGUCCGUGAUCAUCUUCAGCGUACCCGUGUUUGUGUCCGCGCUAGCAAGGAUCUUCCUCAAGGAACCGUGCGGUCUCUUUCACCUUGUUGCUGUGCUUGUCACCCUGGUUGGUCUUGCGCUGAUCACAAAGUUGCCAUUACUGUUCGGUGGAGUAGCAGAAGCAGAAUCCCUGCAGACCCGCGGGGUGGUGGCUGCUCUCUCUUCGACAGUCUUUGGCGCGAGCGUCUACAUUGUGGUGCGCCGGCUCCGAGACAUCCACCACUCUGUAAUAAUGUUUAACUUCGCCUGGGUCGCUAUCUUGGAGACAGGCGCCAUCGGGCUGCUUACCACGCCGUUGGUGCUUCCCCGCACCGCCUUUGAUGGCGGCCUGCUCUUUGCUCUGGGUGCUUUCAGCUUCGGUGGGCAGCUACUUCUGACGCGUGCCCUGCAGCUGGAACACGCUGGACCCGUGUCAAUGGUUCGAUCAGCCACUGACAUAAUCUUCGUGUUUGCUUGGCAGGUGGCGUUCUUCGGUGAGGCGCCCGACUGCUAUACCGUGUCUGGUGCCGUCCUUGUCGGGACUUGCGUGCUUUUCACUGGCUUGCGAAAAUGGAUUCUUUCCCUUCCCGAGAACUCGGCAAUGCGGACAAGAAUGGCGUGGCUACUCUCCUAA